AUGGCAUUCAGAGAUUUGUUUCAUCCCUUGGUCCUUGUUUCCUGCCUUUUGGCUAGCGUAGCAUUCGCAAGGCAACUCUCCAUCCCCGGCAAACCAGGCCACAUACUAGCGCCAAGGCUCGACGAUAAUCAAGGCUUUGCCGAGUGCUGGAACGCACUAAAUGAGUUGAAAUCGUGCACCGAUGAGAUUAUUCUGUUCUUGGUUGAUGGUCACACUGAUAUCGACUCCGAGUGUUGUCGUUCGAUCGAGAUUGUCACCCGUAAUUGUUGGCCUACCAUACUCACUUCCCUUGGUUUCACAUAUGAGGAAAGCAACAUUCUCAGAGGCUACUGUGAUGCAUCUCCUGGUCCUGGACCUGCGACUGCUGCUGCGGCACCAACUUUUACUGGCUCCCCUGUUAGUCCAGUGCCUGCAGUUUAA